CGUUAGCUGAAGAAUAAUGUCGAGAGCUUCCAAUGAUUCAAUUUUAAUGGUCUUCUUCUUCUUCUCUUCCUCCACAAAGCCGCUGAAAUCCCUGCAAUGCUUCCCCAGAGGUCGUCUCUUCGCCCACUACUCCUCACUCACUUCCCUGCAGUGCGGCCAGCUCUUGCAGUCCCUGACGAACUCCAAGUCCUUAUGCAAAGGCCGGAAACUCCAUGCCCACAUGCUCGUCUCCGGCACCCUCCACCACAACUCCUACUUGAACUCGAAACUCGCCGCAUUCUACGCGAUCUGCGGCUGUAUGAGCCAAGCCCGGGAGGUAUUUGAUGAGACUAUGUCGAAAAAUUCCUUCCUUUGGAACUCCAUGAUCAGGGGCUAUGCUUCCAGAGACUCCCCUGUCGAGUCGAUUGUCUUAUACCGCGAAAUGCUUCGUCUUGGACAGAGGGCAGAUCGCUUCACUUACCCUUUUGUGCUGAAGGCCUGUGGGGAGUUGUUGAGUGUUAAGGCUGGGAGGAUCGUUCACAGUGAGGCUGUGGUUAAUGGAUUGGUUUCGGAUGUUUAUGUGGGCAACUCUCUGAUGUCAAUGUAUUCAAAGCUUGGGGACUUGCAGGAUGUGAGGAAGGUGUUCGAUAGAAUGCCCGAGAGGGACUUGACAUCUUGGAGCACCGUGAUUUUGAGUCAUGCUAAGAACGGAGAUCCCAAGGAGGCCGUAGAUGUUUUCCGAUCAAUGGGAAGAGCUGGAGUUGUUGCAGAUGGGACAACUUUGUUGGCUGUGCUCGAUGCCUGUGGUCAGAUGAAAGCAAUAAGGCAGGGGAGAGAGAUUCAUGCUUUUGUGGUGAGGAAUAGCUCCAGAGCUCGUAAUGAAUUCGUGGGGAACUCUAUUAUCGGGAUGUAUUGUGAUUGCAAAUCUACUUUGGAAGCAAGGAAAUUGUUCGAGUCCAUAAAUAGAGAUCUUGUGUCAUGGAACUUGAUGAUUUCUGGUUACUCACAAAAUGGGGAUCCAUUUCAAAGCAUCAAGCUUUUCUCUCGGAUGGUUCGACAAAGUUUAGAGCAUGGGCCUGAUGAAGUCACCAUCACUGCCAUCCUUGGAGCUUGUGAUCAAAUCAUGGCCCUCCAAUUCGGCAUGUCAGUACAUUCUUAUCUUGCUAAGAGAGGAUUUAAUGCGAAUCAUUUCGUCGGUACAGCUCUUGUCAACAUGUACUCGAAAUGCGGGAGUUUAUCCUGUUCACAUCUCGCUUUCAAUGAACUUCCCCAAAGGAGCUUGUUUUCUUGGAGCUCUAUCAUCUCAGGUUAUGGAGUUCAUGGUAGAGGAAGGGAAGCUCUCUUUGCAUUUAAUAAAAUGGUUUCAGAAGGUUUAAAACCAGACGAGGCCGUUCUCACUUCUGUUCUAUCAGCUUGUAGUCACUCAGGUCUAGUGGACGAAGGAAAAGAGAUUUUUGAGAGUAUGAAGAGAGAGUUUGAUUUGAAGCCUACAUGUACACAUUACUCGUGUUUGGUGGACAUUCUUGGGCGAGCUGGGAAGUUAAAUGAAGCAUUUGAGCUGAUCGAAAAUCUCGAGUUUAAACCUACAAGGGAUAUGUGGGCUGCACUUCUUUCGGCUUGCUGGUUACACCGAAAUAUUGAGCUCGCUGAAAUUGCUGCUCAGAGGAUAUCCUCUGGGAACCCAGAAGAUGUCAGUAGCUAUAUUUGCCUUUCAAAUAUUUAUGCUGCAGAAAAAAGAUGGGCCGACGUACAAAGACUUAGGGCCAUGAUGAGGGGACAGAGACUGAGAAAACCACCUGGGCAGAGCUUCAUUGAAUUGGAUAAGAAGAUUCACCGUUUCUUAGUUGCAGAUAAGUCACAUGAACAAUCGGAUGCUAUAUAUGCAAAGUUGAAGGACUUGAGAGAACAGCUUGAGAUGCAUGGAUAUAGUCCUGAUACGAGUUCAGUGUUGUAUGAUGUUGAUGAGGAAGUUAAGGAGAUGAUGGUUUGGGAUCAUAGUGAGAAACUUGCUCUUGCUUUUGGGCUUAUUAAGUCACCUCCUGGGUCGACUAUCAGGAUCACAAAGAACCUCCGUGUUUGUGCAGAUUGUCAUACAGUGACGAAACUAAUUUCGAAGCUAGCAAAUAGGGAGAUAGUCAUGCGAGAUAUUCGUAGGUUCCACCACUUUAAAGAUGGGUUAUGUUCUUGUGGGGAUUACUGGUGAGAAAGCAAAAAAGAAUGCUCCUCUAAUUAUGCCAUGCUCGCUGUAUUCAUCAAGUGUGUUCCUUCGAGUGAAGUCGGUCGAUAUGAACUUCAUCUUUAGAGAGGAAAAUGUUCUUUCGUUGGAGUGGAAAUGAAGGCAUCCUUUUGCUAAGAACUGAUGCUUGCAGUUGUGCACCGGAAUCCUCAGCUAUGGAUGGGAUAUUAACUUUUAAAGCUCUACCAGCAGUGCCAAUUUCAUGUUCACUGUAGAGCUUAAAAUCCGCGUUUCUGCUGAGUCACAACUCAAUAGAAUGAUGCUACACGUUCCUUAUUACAUUGCAGAUUAUGACAUGUCACUUGUGUUGCAAGGCGGCAGCUCAUACGUUGAUACCGACAGCUAAAACAGCAGCCGUCUUCUCUUUUGCUGGAACUAUGAAUCUAGAGGGUCUUUAUCUUUGGCAAAAUGCGGCACGUUAAGUAUCCCAAAGGAGACAGUCGAUAAGUGAGCAGUAUCUCUUCAGUGACACUUGUGCAGCGUUACUUGUUUUUGCUGGAAACGUGAGCGAGGAAAAAUAAUCGGCAGCAAGUUAUUGGUUGAACAGUUUUCCACCUCCAGAGCUUACUGUAUUUGCCGACCUAAUCGAGCAUCAACCUUAUGAUAGAUGGAUGGAUUCUUGAUCCAUUGAUGGGUUGCAGCUGUGUUCGGCUGCCAAGAUUGAGGACAUUGUAGGAUUUUAAGUAUAUCCUAAUGCUCUUUGUGGAGGAGAUCAAGAGUGGAUUCGGGAUCUUCAGAAUUGUUACUUUAGAAAGAGGUGUGAUGUUCCCCUACUGAGCCACUGGAUAUGGGAAUUAAGAAAUCUGCAGUCCCUUUCAGAUGGUUUGCCCUCGGAAUCAGAAUUACCGAGCGUAUUCAUUCAGCUGAACCUUCAAGUUCUUUAGUUUCCAACAUAGGUCUGGCAUAUAGUGUCCUUUUUGGGCUUUGGUAGCCAAGACGCCUUAACAAUUCGGGAACACCUAUUAUAAGAGAACAAUCAAAAGCUUUGAACUAGAGUUUACCCGCUUGCCAAUAUUAAGAACAGCUGGACAGGAGAGUACAAGCUCCUACCGCACUAGACGAUCAAUGCUGACCAAUCUCACUUGUCUAAAACACGAAUCGAUUUGAGAAGGAGGAUAAUAUUCUCAAGAGUGAGAUAUCUCAAUUAGGGGCAUAAGCAACUACUCAAAGCUUCCUGUGGGUUACUCUGGUUCAGCACGAUCGAUCAGAGUCCUAGACGAUAUAUUAAUUCGUAUCACAGACCAAAAGGAUUAUGUGUCUUGUUUUUACUUAGAUGUAUAUUCUGGAUCAACGGAUAAGAUCUCCACACGUUCUUUCGUGAACUGCACAUGCAUGUUCCUGUAUCUUCUCAUGAUCAUCUAAUAUGAUUUUGGUCUGAAAUGGUUGGAAGAUUA